GAACAGCAUAUUUUAGCAAACAAAGCAUCUCUUAUAAGACGGCGGAUCUAAAGAAAAAAAUCAGUUGUCUUCCACAAAUCAGCAAGAAAGAUGACUUUGAAUACAUUCAUACUUCUAAUUGGAUUUUUCCAUAGUGCUCUAUGCGCUUCUUUCUCCAAUGUCGUUGUGCGCGGUGGUUCUGAAGUCUUACCAUUGGAAUAUAUAAACUAUGGUGGUCCUUUGUCUUACACUGGCCCACAAUUUGCUCAAAUAUCCGCGGCACCUAUAGAAACAUUGGUCUCAUUAUCGAAUGCCCGUCCAUGUGUGUCACCUUGCGUUAUUGCAAACACGCCAAUCUCCGGUCUGGCGCCAAUAGCAGGCACGGCUAAUGCUCAAAUUGUAGCUUAUAAGUCACCGGUCGCUAAUGUCCCAAUUGUAUUGGCAAAUACCGAUGAUGCGGCUACCGGUUAUCAAUAUGCAUACGCCGUUUAUGAUGAAGGCACUGGUGAUAAAAAGACCCAAAGUGAACAAAGCGAUGGUUCUGUCGUCCAAGGACAGUAUUCUUUUAUACAACCUGACGGUUUGCUGCGAGAAGUUUUUUACACCGCUGAUGAUAUAAAGGGAUUCAAUGCUGUCGUCAAAACUAUAGCUCCCCAACCUGAGCCUAGCAAAAAGGAAUCAACCGAUGAAUCUGUAGAAAGCAAAGAGACGCUUUGUAAAAAAAACGAACAGUUAGUAGAAGCCCCUAAAAGCGAAGAAAAGUCAACAGAAUCCUCGGUUGAAAUCACAGAACCAGUUAACACGGAACCUGCAGAAAUUACUGAAUCUGUCAACACUGAGGGUGUCAACACUGAGGGUGUCAACACUGAGGGUGUCAACACUGAGGGAGUCAACUCUGAAGCAGCUAACACAGAAACUACAAGUACCGAAACACAGAACACUGAAACAGUCGAAGUAAAAAGUGAAGAAAAACCAAAUGAAGAGAAUCCCACAUCAACAGAACUUGUCAAACCUGAAUUUGAACCAAACGCAAUCGUGUCAUAUAGCGAUAUUAUAGAUUGUAUUCAAUCUAAAAGAAUAGCAACUGCAAAAAGUAUUUCGCCUUUAACAUACAUUUUAGUACCUACGGCCAUACCAAAACCGAAGUUGAAGUUGUUUACUGCAAUUAAAGCUAAAAUACCAACGAAAUCGCAAGCAUUCUAUCCGUGCCGAUUACGACCGUUGACAUCAAUCAAAACUCAUUUGUUUCAAAGCACAUACAAAAUGUUCAGCAAAAUCGUAGCUUUCGGCGCUUUCUUGGCAGCUGCCAAUGCUUCCGGCCAUGGCCAUGCUGUGUCCUCCCAAAACAUCGUCCACCACGGUGGAUACGCUGCACCCUUGGCCCAUGGUCAUGGUGCUCAACUUGCGUAUGCUGCUCCAGUGGCAUAUGCCGCUCCCGUUGCUCCCUUGGCGCAUGGUCAUGGAGCCCAACUAGCGUACGCUGCUCCAGUGGCAUAUGCCGCUCCCGCUGCUCACUACGAUGGACAUGACACUUAUGCCCACCCAAAAUACGACUUCUCCUACUCCGUGGCUGAUCCCCACACCGGAGACCACAAGACCCAGCACGAAAGCCGCGACGGUGACGCAGUCCACGGCUCCUACUCCUUGGUGCAGCCCGAUGGCUCCCUCAGACAGGUCCACUACACCGCUGAUGACCACAACGGAUUCAACGCGGUUGUCCACAACUCUGCCCCAUCCGUGCACCCCGUCCAUGCCCCAGCCCAUGGCUACCACCACUACUAAACUAAUAUUUCAACACCUGCCCUGUGAUGCUAUAUUUAUAACUAUUUCUGUGAUUUCUGUAAAUAAAGCGUGAAUGAUGUUUCAAAUA